AAAAGGAUAAAUAGGGCAGUCUUACAGCAUGGAAGAUGACUUUGGAUGUCAACCUGAAAAUUAAAGGGACACUAUAGUCACCAGAACAACAGCUUAUUGAAUUUGUUCUGGUCAUUACCAGAACAAAUCAUUACCUUCAGGCUUUUUGCUGUAAACACUGUCUUUUCAGAGAAAAUGCAGUGUUUACAUUACAGUCUAGUGAUAACUUCACUGACCACUCCUCAGAUGGCUGCUAGAGAUCCUUACUGGUUCAUGGCUGCCUAAAAUGCAUCCAAACAUUCAGUGUCUCCUCCCUCUGCAUGCAGACACUGAACUUUCCCUUAUAGAGAUUAAUUGAUUCAAUUCAUCUCUAUGAGGAGAUGCUGAUUGGCCCGGGCUGUGUUUGAAUCAUGCUGACUCUGCCCCUGAUCUGCCUCUUUGUCAGUCUCCGCCAAUCCUAUGGGGAAGCACUGUGAUUGGAUCAGGCCACCAUUUAUGAUGAUGUCAGCAGACUGCUUGUUUUUCUGAGUCUAACAGUAUGCAGAGUUAAGCUUCGGGCUUGAAUACAGUAAGAUUUUUACUAUAUUUAUGGAGGCAUGAGGGCCCAGGGGGGCUAGAUGGUGGUGUUAACACUAUAGGGUCAGGAAUACAUGUUUGUUCCUGACCCUAUAAUGAUCCUUGAACUAAACUUAGCCACCUCCUUCAUCACAUGCAUACAUAACAGAGGAUAUUGAUCCCACAGGUAUAAAACUAUUUUAAUGUCCAUGAUUUGCCAGCCAUACAAAACAUUAUUAAAUGGAUAUCACUUGUUUGAAGCCCUUUGUGUCUAUUGGGGUCCCCCAACUGAUAGCUCUUAAAGUAGUCUGCCCACUCUUGGUGCUCUGGACAGUCAAGUCCAGUCUUCAGAUGGACCAUGCUUUAAUAUUAAGAGGUGUCAAAUAUUCCUCCCAAUGCUCCGACCAAACAAAACAAACAACAGUUUUGGAAUCAACGCUGGAUCCUUAUGACACUGCACCAGCUAUGCCUUACGUGAACCAAAAUCUGAAGAGACUGUGCCAUGAAGGUCAUCAGGGAGAGAUGAUGGUCGAAAGGCCAGAAACACAUCUUCAGAAAAUAACUUCGACUGUGCAAUUUUCACUGACCAGGGCAAAUCAACGGAAAAAUGCAGAAAAAUAUCUCUCACAGAAUCUGACAGUAGACAUGUAGUUGCAUAUUCCAUAAUCUAAGUAAAAAUAAAUAGUGGACAUUUAUGGCAUCCCGUGUUGGUUAUAAAAUACAUUUUAUAAAAUGCACCUCAUCAAUUGGGGUCUGUGGUCAAUCCAUUACAACCUAUUCCUCAUAGGACCAGUACUAGGGGCUACAUGACACCGUGGGCUUCAGAGCACUCCAUGGCCCUCUGCCCUAUGGAGAAGUGUGUUUAAAAAAAUGGACUAUACAUGGAUACUAAAUUUGAUAUUGGCGAAAAAGUCCAAUAUCAUUCUGAUCCAAAUACUUUAAUAAUCAACCUUCGUAGGAAGAAAGCAGGGUCCUGGUCCGUUGAAGAAAUAAUUAUUUUUAAUUUUCUACUUGGUGUGGAUGCCUUUAGAAAAUGUUCUCUUCACCUGUAACUGAUAAAUACAUUUUGCUGCAUUGCUUGUUUGUUUACCUACGUGAUUCUGCUACUUCACUGUUUAUCUUCAGCUGAUCUCUCAAAUUAAAUAAUUGAUUGUGGUAUCCUAAUGCCUCAGCGUGUUUCAUUAUGAUAUUUGUGCAUAUUCUCUGAGCUUUGUGAUUGUGAGUCACACAGCCAAUAUUAAAAAUGGUUGCAUUUUCAAUCCAAUGUUAACUUUCUUUAGAAGCUUUUAUAUCCUGCGCUGUAAUUUAAACUUUAAUCACAUGAGUCUCCUGCGUGGCCUAGAAGGCUAUCUGAAAUUCUACAUUAAACAGACUGUGUAAUAAAGGAACCGAGAAUAUCUACUUUCCUUUCCAGGAAUUGUUCAUGAAGACUGUUUGACUAGGGCUGUAUAAACAAAGUGAUUUAACUGCUAAAUGGCAGGGGAUUAAGCAGUGAGACUACAGCGGCAUGAUCAAUACACCAAAACUGCUUCAUUAGGCUAAAGUUGUUUUGGUGCCUAUAAUGUCCCUUUACCACCAUAAUACAGCAUUUUGUCUGUUACUGUCCUAUGUACCGGAUUGUGGUAGUGUAAGGAACUGUUGUGGGACAAGGAUACAUAUUUAUUUUACACUAACUUCUGAUUGCUGAAUACAUCUAGCAAAGACAGUAACGUUUAAAACAACUGCAGUAAUAUAUAUUAUUGUUUCCUACGUCUCUCUAGACUUGGUUAGGAAGGUCUUCUAAAGUAUAAUUGCACUUUAUUAAUCCUUGGCAUCUAGGCUUCUAUGAAUACCUGUAGCCAUGUAUGUCAAAAAAUGCUAACAUCUACUUUUAUCUACCAGCCAAAAGUGGAAGGGGGAAAACACAAAGAAGCAGGAAAGAAGAAAGGCAAGGAUGGAUCUGGUGAUGUUGGUCGUGCAGAGGUAAGAUGGCCAGAGAAAACAGAAAAAGUGGGAUUUUUGGUUUGUGUUUGGGUAGCAUUAUCUUAGUUGCUUUCUGCUGUUAAAUUAUGAGAUUUCUUUGUGUGAAAUUUGGAGAUGCUUACUUAGAGUAAUGCUUAGACAUUUUUUAUUAAAUAACUUCAGAUUACUGUGGUUUUUGUUUUUCUUUUAUGAGAAGAAAAAACGCAGAAUACUAUUACAAUUAUCUAUACUCCAUUUCUGAGUAAGACUCCUCUCUGCAGUUGAUCACCCUCCACUGACAUCAUUAAAGGAACACUACAAGCACCACAGCCACUACAGCCCAUUGUAGUGGUUAUGGUGCUUGGAAUGCCUGCGCACGCUCCAAGAGUAAGCAAACAGUUUAAGGAUGGUUUUAAAAGUUACAUGGUCCGUGGGAACUCAUAGCCACUGCCCUGUUUACGAGUUGCACGGGUCCACUCUCAUUGGCUGAGAUUGUCAGCUGAGUGCUUUCAGCCAAUGAAGACAGCCCUGAAUUGGGUUGUGCUUAUCAGGAGCCAAAUGUGGCGCAGGCUCCUGUGGAACCCAGAUAAGUUGUUAAACCAUUGUUAAACUGUUUGAUUCCUGUCAGAGGGCAUCACAGUAUGUAUCUAAACACCAAAAACAUUUAAUUAAGCUAAGGUUGUUUCGAUGCUUUGAGUGUCCAUUUAAUAGUUUUGAGGAAUGGAAGUCACAUCAACCGUUUACACUUUGGAAAAAUCCAUCAACAGCUUUUACUAUGUGCCUUUUGUGUGUGAUACACAUAAUGCCAUAUCAAAUUGAGUAGCUGCUAUUACGGAAGGCAUAUCAGUAAUCUAGCUGUUGGCAGAACAAAGUAUUUGCAUUCAUCUGGUAAAUAGUGGAGUAGAUCCAACUCUUUACUAAGCAGGGUCCUGCUGCUUGCACAGAUGUCUGGAAAAGGCAAUGCAAUUUUUUUUUUUUUUUUGCAUUUCAUCGUUUCAGAAUUUUUCAGGUGUAAACAUUUCCUGUUGAUACUGACCUUUUUAAAUUAGAAUUGCUUAGAUAGGAAAUUCAUUCAUAGGUUACAGUUAUCAAUUCUUUUUAAUGUUUGUUAGUCUGGAGAUAAUUUUCUUUUUUAAUUUUCCAGCACAAAUUCUCUCUGGCAAUUUCAAGGACUUGGAACUAUCUAGCAGGACCUAGCUUGUAAGACAGCGGUCUGUUUCAGAGGUUUAAGACCCUUGCUUUGGUCUGCCUUAUCCCAUGACCACACAGUUGGAAUAGGGUCUAGGGGGGGGUAAAAUACUAAUCAUUGUCAACAGUUCAGGCUAAUCUUUAGUUUUGGGAUCAUCCCAAUCGGCAAGGGAGCAGCAGUGACUUAAACCUGUUUUGUCUUUGUCUGUAUACCUUUCUGUUUACAAUUUUGAUUCCGUCAUAUAUGCUGUUUUAGCUCUACAUUGAGAUUGCUUUGGCAAUGGUAAAUUUUAUAGGGUUUUUCCAUGCAUCAUACCUACUAUAGUAAAUAUGAAACUAGGGGUACUCGUGUGAUAUUUUACGAUAAGUGGGCAAACCAUUUUUUAAUUGUUUCCUUCUUACUUAGUUAAAACUGUGCAUCUAGACUGUUGCCACGUCAACUGAAUGGCAUCUGGCUUCUACUUAAGCUGCAGAAGCUGGAUGCCUAUUCUGUUUGUUCAUUCACUCUUUGUCUUAGAGUGUCAGAUAAGUGCUCUCAACCAAAUAAUGAACAUGAGGGCAUUGAAUAUGCACAGAAUUAACAUUCAUUAGCCAGCCUGGGACGCUCGUUCUGGGCUGCUGGAGGUUGAGUUACAGUUCCGGACAAUUUUUUUUUUUAUUUCAACAUUUGAAAGCAUCAACUAGCAAAUGUGCAAGUAAAUUAUAAUUGUAUAAGUUCAUAACUUUCUAAGAUCAAAAUAGCUGUAUAUUCUACAGGUAUAGUGACGGCAAUUACUUCUACAAUGUGGAGUGCUAGAUGCAGCUUAGAGUUGGUAAUAUAAGCUGCAGUAGUGUAUAACUGUAAUAUAUUGAAUUUAGUGUAUAAUUUUUAUAAAUUGAUUUCACUGGUACAAUAUACAGGUUUACUGUAUGUCAUACAGUUCAUUUAAGGCAGACCAUGUUAUCCACAGGAUUGUGCCCGACAAUAAUCCAUUAUUUAACCGUGGUGCUUUUCGAUUUCUGCUUUUUAAUCUUUAGUUGAAUCCUUUACCUGAAUAUAUCAACCAGAGGCUUGACAUUUACAACAAACUGAAAGCAGAACAUGAUGCCCUUCUAGCAGAGAAAGCCACAAAGGACAGUAAACCUAUCACAGUCACCUUGCCGGAUGGCAAACAAGUAGAUGCCGAAUCUUGGAAGACCACACCAUAUCAGUUAGCCGCUGGGAUCAGGUAAAAACAAACCCUUGUAGCAGCAACAGUAAAAACAUUAAUUUCAAUGAAUUUAUGGGAAAAAUACUAUUGACUAAAUUUUGCCGCAUCUAAACUUUGUUCCAGACCUGUAUGUUCUUGUCUAAGACUUAAAAAAAAAAACUCCAAAGCAUGAGCCAUAAAGCUGCCUUCUUUGGGAAUUUUCUGUAGAUAUUUUCUGUGGAUAACUGCAUUGAGCCUUUCACAGAUACAGAUCUCAGGGCCAGUUACAAUAACACUAGCGGGUCAAACAAAACUGUUAGCUGGCUCCUCCGCUAAAUGGUAGUUGCCUCUUAACCUAGUGAACAUAUUUUACUGCAUUCGGAAGAAAUUGUUGGGGAACAGAUAAUCGAGGUUAUGAUUGUAAUACAAUUUACUCUAAAUCUAUUUCUGGUUUUUUUAAUGUGAAAAAGUAGUGUGUGUAUUUGUUUUUAUUUAUUUUAUUAUUUAUUUUAUUUUUAAAAAAGGAAAUGGUUUUUAAUUUUUGAGAUACACUGUUAUAAAAUCACUAGUGAAUAAACCUGUUCUUUAUAGUCAUGAAUAUGUUUAUAGAGUGGUAUUUAAAGGGAUCCCAUCACUUUAAUAAUGUGAACUUGUAGAGAUCCUGAUACUGUAUAUUUUUUCUUUUAUACUGAGACCGUAGUAAAUAAGCGCAAGAGUUAGGUAAUUGUAACUGUUGUAGGAUGAAAAGUAGUAUUUUGACCGACGUGUACCUACAGUGUCAAAAUACCAGAAAUUGCUUUAUUAACUCAGUAGGCUGAUCACUUUUACGCUACAGUCAAAAUGAACCUGCAGCUUCUUAGUGUCAUGGAAUUUUUGGGUCCUCCAUGCCAGUGGUCAACUUGUUCUUCUUGACGUUUAUAAGAUCUGCAUUAGAAAUGCUGUCUUUCUUGUACGUUUUGACCUUAGUGCCUGUUUUUCAAGUAAAUGUGCAAUGCUAAUUCUAUGUGAAAUGUUUGUGUUUUACAGUCAAGGUUUGGCUGAUAAUACUGUUAUUGCAAAAGUAAAUAAAGUUGUCUGGGACCUUGAUCGCCCGCUGGAAGAGAACUGCACUUUAGAACUGUUGAAAUUUGAUGAUGAAGAAGCUCAAGCGGUAAAUAUUGAAUAGUGAAAUUCUUAUUAAGUUUUGCUCGCUAUGUUCACUAAAUUCACUGUGUGAGUCUGGAAUUCUGUUUGCGUAGUUAGUGUCACCCAUAGCACCAUAACAAUGUUGCAUCAUUGCAAAGGUUUUGGUGCAGAGAAAACCCUGUCUCACUUCCUGCAGUGACUUAUAGUGUAAACAAUUUGUAAAAUAGUGCAGCAAUGCUAAGUAUACAAGAAAAAUAACAUUAACAUUUUCUUUUAAUUGUCAAACUCAGACUUCUCAUUAGCACUGAUUUACUUAAAGGACCACUAUAGGCACCCAGACCACUUCAGCUCAAUGAAGUGGUCUGGGUGCCAGGUCUCCCUAGUUUUAACCCUGCAGCUGAUAACAUAACAGUUUCAGAGAAACUGCUGUGUUUACAUUGAGGGUUAAUCCAGCCUCUAGUGGCUGUCUCCCUGACAGUCACUAGAGGCUGCUUCCGCAAUUCUCAGUGUGAAAAUUGCAUUGAACUCAUGCAGUGUGAGUUCAGAUCCCCAUAGGAAAGCAUUGAGGAAAGCCACUCUGGAGCUGACAUCGGUAGGGGGAGGAGAGGUCACCCGCGCCAAGGGUGCCCGGUGCUGAAUUAAGGUAAUCCACAGCGGGACCUAAUAACCCUCUAGUACCAGGAAAACUGGUUUGUUUUCCUGUCACUAUAGUGCUCCUUUAAAGGACCACUCUAGGCACCCAGACCACUUCAGCUAAAUGAAGUGGUCUGGGUGCCCGGUCCAUCUAGGGUUAACCCUUUUUUUUUUUUUAUAAACAUAGCGGUUUAUGUUAGGGUUAAUCCAGCCUCCAGUGGCUGUCUCUUGACAGCCACUAGAGGCGCUUCCGUGCUUCUCACUGUGAAAAUCACAGUGAGAAGAUGCCAGCGUCCAUAGGAAAGCAUUGUGAAUGCUUUCCUAUGGACUGGCUGAAUGUGCGCGCGGCUCUUGCCGCGCAUGUGCAUUCAGCCAAAAUGGAGGAGAGGAGGAGGAGAGCUCCCCGUCUGGCGCUGGAGAAAGAGGUAAGUUUAACCCCUUCCUCCACCUAGAGCCCGGCGGGUCGGGGUCCCUGAGGGUGGGGGCACCCUCAGGGCACUAUAGUGGUCCUUUAACAACGUUAUAGACUGGUUUUUUUUUUUUUUUUUUUUUUUAAUUUCCAUUUUUCCAAGAUUUCAGUUCAUUGUCUGCAUAAAGGCAAAAACUAUAUACCUUAUAGUAACACUCAAAAAAUCCCUCCCAGCCAAAGUAAUUAUAGCUUUUUGCCAAAAGGAAAUAGUGUAAGGAGUCUGUGUAACCCCUACAACAUUUGUGUCUGUCCCCUUUAAACAAUGCACAUUACUGCAAGCAAACAUCCCACAUUUAUUGAAAAAGAAACCAAAAAUAAUUUAAAGAGAUAAGUUAAGGUCUUAAUCCUAUAUAUUUUGCUGGCAAAUUGAAUAGCUUACAAGGGGGAGACAUCUUCCACACUCUAGAUGUUGUGGACUACAUCUCCCGUGAUGCUGUGCCAGCAUUAUGGGGUAUGUAGCCCACAAGAUCUGGCGUGCCAAUGGUUGCCUACCCCUGGCUUAGUGUACGGUUUACAGUUGAAUACUUUACCUGCAACAAACCAUAUUCUUUGUCGUUUACAAAAUUCCAAAUUAACUUUUCAGUUUAACUGCAAACAUUUUUGCAGCUUUUAGAUUUAUCUGUGAGUUGAUUCGCUGCAUCAGUUUCAUAGCUUUGAUUGAUGGCUAGUGUUUGUGCAUUCUUUGAUUUUAUGACUUAACUUACUAGGUAUACUGGCACUCGAGUGCACACAUUAUGGGAGAAGCGAUGGAGAGGGUAUACGGCGGUUGCUUGUGCUAUGGACCACCUAUUGAAAGUGGUUUUUAUUAUGACAUGUAUCUUGAAGAUGGGUGAGUGGGUUAUUUACAUUUGUCUUACUGUAUAUCUUGUUAAGUACCUGCAGCACUUUAACACUUUAACAUAACCGUCCCAUCAUCUUUAGCCAAGGUCCGUCCUGGAGGUGAGGAGUAUAAUUCGAUGUCAGUUUUAGUAAUGGUAGCAUAUUUCUAACAAGGUGUCAAGUCUCAAUCCCUGACAUACUGGCCACCACAUAGGUAGAUUUACAUCAUUAUGUUGUAGAUUUCCGUUUCUCUGCAGCAUGGAGUGAAAGUGUAUUUGAAUGCAGGGUCAUAUUUGUAUAGUUACUCAAUGUGUCUUUGUGAAAGCUCAGUUUAUAUUUGUCUAAAUAUUGUAUUGCUUGUGAAUGUAGGGAAUUGGAAACAGCCAAGGUGAAAACAGGAUUGUCUUAAAGAUGUUUUCUAAUUCGACUAUUUUAGCCCAAAUUUGACCAAUCUCCCUUUGCAUUCCAAGAAAUUCUGACUUGAGUGGAUAAGCCUGUACAUUUCAGAAAAGUAAAUUUUAAUGCCAAAAUAAAAUGUAAGCCACCUGAUAGCAGUGCACUUUAAUAGUCGCUGCAGAACAACUCUGUGGGGCAGAGCUUCACACGGCUUGUAGAGGUUCUAGUCCAAGAGUCUCCAAGGUCCCCUGUCGGUUUCCCUCAUACCUGAAAUCUCUAUUAUAGCAGUAACUGUCUGGCUGGAGCCCAACUUCCUUGAAAAUGUUGAACCAUGUUUCCAAUGACCUAUAAAUAUGUUGGCUAUUUUAGCUUUAUGUUUGUCGUUUUGUUCACUUUAACAUUUCUGACUUUUACACUAUAACUGUCUGACUUAUUGUUCAUAUCCUGGAACUCACAACGUUUUGUGUAUUUGUUUGAUAUUGUCACUGGUAGCAAGCGUUUGCUUUAGGAAGAAGUCACUCUGUUGCUUAGAUACUGACCACUAAUCUGAAACUUAAACUCGGUCUUUUGGAAGAUAAUGGCAAAUCUGACAAAAGCAAACAGAUCCCGUUUGAGACAAUGGAGUGCAAUGUUUCUACAUGGCUUUUAUGUUACCUGAUCUAAGUGGCCCUUGUUGUAGUACUAUAUUGUUUAUUUAUUUAAAAUCCUGUCUAAUAAUGGACGUGGUUAAUGGAUUUUUAAAGUUUAAACAAAUAGCUGUAGUAAAUGUGAAAUUCUUUAACACAGGAACAAAUAUAACCAAAUCUUCACAAAUCUAUUUUUAUUAUUUUGUGUACUCUUUCAUAGUAGAUGUAUAGAAAACAUAAUUUGUUUGUUGUUCUUUGUUUUUUUUUUGUGUGGGGUAGUUUUUAUAUUUAUAAAAACUGCCCCACUCAAAAAAAAAAAUAUGAAAAAUAUUCUCACUUUAAAGAUGUUUUACCAGAAUACUUGGCAAUCUACUGUAUGGACUAAUAUUCAAAUAAGUCAAUUAGAAGGUUAUUUACAUGCAUUCUACUUUAUAUCCCACCUUUCACUGUCUGCUUGCCAGUGGUGUGUCCAGCAAUGACUUUACUGGCCUGGAGAACCUAUGCAAGAAGAUCAUGAAGGAGAAGCAACCAUUUGAGAGACUGGAAGUUAAAAAAGAAACUCUCCUGGAGAUGUUUAAGGUAACAAGCUAAAUGGCUGUGGGAUAAUCUGGCUGCCACACAGGAAACGGACACAUUUCACUGUUUCAGAAUACAGAACAUCUACAUGUCCAUAGUGUGCUUUUCAUGUUUUACAGAGAGAUGUAUUUUAUAUUCCUUAUCAUUUAGCUAUAGGUAAUGUAUUCGUUUUUCUAUAUUCUGUUUAUGCAUCCAUAGUGAAACUCACAUUCAUUUAGGCUUAUAUUUCUUGUGUUGUAUGUGGGUUUGUUUGUUUUUGUUCGCUGUAUAAAGACAAAAUAAGUGAAGCUGUAAAGUCAAAUAGGUCCAUUUUAGUUGUCCUAUUCAGUAUCGGUUAAGUUUUAAUUUUACUCCCUCUCUGCAAUUUUCUGCACAUUCAGAUUACUAGUAAAUGUUUACACGUUAGUGAAAGACUUAGUUUCCCCCUCCCUGAUUUUAUCAUUGACUUGAGAAAUAGUCUAGGAUUAAAAGUCUUUUCAGUUUACUUAGGGCUGGGAAUGCAAACCGAUACAAAUCUACAGGUGAAUGAAUGACCCAUAAUAACAGGAUAUCCUGAAAUGCUAUGAUAGCUGCUGGUGUAUGACUGGCCAACUCAACCCUUUCCUUCAGGGUCGAAUUUUGCAAAUCUACAGUCAUUAGAAGCUCAGAUAAGCAAAUGUCAAAAGAUAAGUUUGUAAACCUUACUAAGUUCAGGAAGUAGUUUGGCUCUUGAUUACAGUAAUUUGAAGGACCUGUGUAUUUUUCCUUUUUUAAAAUUCUGAAAAUUUACACAGCAUGUCUCCUGUGCAUGGUCACAAUCUGUGCUAUUGUACAAUAUAAUAUUGUGUUUGUUUAGUAUGUAAUUGUUGGCAUUUUUGUCACACAACUGAUAAAAUAGCGGCAUGGUUAAAAGAAAACCAAUGCUUAUUGCUUAACCCCUUAAGGACCAAACUUCUGGAAUAAAAGGGAAUCAUGACAUGUCACAUAUGUCAUGUGUCCUUAAGGGGUUAAGGAGCUUCAGGUGUUGAUCUUGUACUGUCCAAAGUCAAACAUGUUAAACAGGAUGUGGAAAAGGAUGCUGGAAUUAACAGGGCCUUAUUGAUAUGCAUCAGUUUAAUUUCGCUUUCUAUAAGUAAUGAUUUCUAUGCUGGGUGUAACCUUUGAGAAUAAUAAGGUACUUUAUAGUGUUUGUGACUUUGAGUGGUUUUAUUCUAAGAACAUUCCAGCUUUUUCAUGUGGAUUGACAGGGCACCCAAAUCCCAACCCCUCUGCUUGGGAUGUCAUAGGAGGACGUUUGAAUUGUGUCCAAAAUAUUUGUACAGGUGUCGGAUGCAACUGUGUCGAAUCACUGUACACCCUAUUGGCACUGCUAAAGGCUCCAUGUAGAGCAGGAACACGUUUUAGGGAAAGAGAGAGCAUGUAUCCCAGUGUCCUUGCACCAUGAGAGCUGCUCGUUUAAAGUGAUUUUAAUAUAUAAGCUAGAAUAAUAAUUAUUCAUCUAUAUUGCCUCCUAGAGCACUAAAUCUAAAAUGUUAUCUUAAAGAUAAAUAUUAUUUAAUAUUAGAGCUGUGAUCAGCAAGGCAUCCAUGACACCAACACACUGCCUUAACUGUUAUCACAUAAGCAAUAUGACCGGGAUGGCAGUCACUUCCUAUAAUGCUUUUUAAAUAUCACUACGAUGCAGAGAAGGAGAUCUGCCCACAGGAAGAUUCUCCUGCUCUAGUCUGUCACUCAAUCCUUGGAAUAUGCUGAAAAUUGACAGUGGGGCAGGGAUACCAUAUUUUCAACUUUAAAUAUCCAAAUCUAUAAAUUUGCUAUCGAUUUUAUGUUUUACAUUUUUUUUUUUUUUUUAAAUACUCUUUCAGUAGAGCACAUGUCCAUGUACCAGUGAGUGGUUGAACAGCAAGUGUCUGACUUUUUUUUUUUUUUUUCUUCUUUUUUGUUCUUCAAUUAGUACAACAAGUUCAAGUGUCGAAUUCUAAAUGAGAAGGUAGAUACACCAACCACGACAGUAUACAGGUGAGAAUUCAUUUUAUGUUUUAAAUCUAACAUUUAUGCAAGAAACAAUCUGCAGUGUCUCUGUUCCCAUUAGUCCUGCAAUGUAAAACAUUCCAGUUUUUGAGAAACUGCAAUGUUUAUACUGCAGUACUAAGACUGCCUCUAGUGGCUGUUUACCAGACAGCCACUGGAGUGGCUUCCAGGAAUUUACUGGACUCUGGGUCCCCUAAAUGAAGGACGUUCAGCAUCAGUGAAAUCCACAAAUGCUUUCCUAUGGGGAGGGCCUAAUGCACACGCGUGUUUAAGUCCCCCAUGUCGGAUGACGUUGGGAGAGUUUGUGUGCUGACCCAGUGCCAAGGUACAUCAGUGCUAAAAUUGGGUGAGCAACUUAAGUAUUUUUUAACCCUUUAUGUUGAGGGGACACUAGUGUUAGGAAUACAAAUCUGUACUUCUAACACUAUAGAAUCCCUUUAAUUAUUCUCUUUAUUUUGCAUCAAUAACAUAGUACAUAAAUUAUUUAGGUUUCUCUGGGUUAUCAUGUAGUUCAACUGGAAAGGUGAUAAUUGAAGUACUCUCUUACUGUGCCCAUGAAGCUGUGCUAGUAUUUAUAUGAUGACCUCAACAGUGCUAUAAAAAGCUGAGUGUCUUCCCUGGCGUGGACUGUGGAAGCUACUAAUCCUGGCACUUGCAAGUCCAGGGACUUCAAAUAUAAAAAAUAUGGCAAGUACCAAAUAAUAAUGGUCUCCUUACAACCCGCCAUGUCAUGAACUUUCCUAUGUCUAUCCUUGCCCAAGGUAAAAAACUAUUUAGAGUGGAGGCCUCUGCAAAAUGAUCUACAAAGAGUACUGGUUAAUGAAUUAAAUUUUUUUGUAAAGAAGAGCCUUGUGAUGGGAAUCCAAAGAUGUGAUAUAAGGUUCCCAAUAAUUUAAAAACAGAGAAAUAUUGAAACACCCUUUGUUCUUUAAAUUGGAUUGUGUUGACACCUCCCAGUGUAAACACAUAGGUCCAGGUGUUGAGAAUGGUCUUCCUGGCAGCCACCAUAACCAUUUAAAUAAAUUUAGAGUGCUUAGGGGAAAAUACUGAAAUGUACAGUUUCAGAGAUAGCAGCACUGGAAAAUGUAAAAAGAUUCAAUAUUGGUUUAAAUUUCUGACCAAAAUUCACUUAUCUUAGAUCAGCCACAAAUUAGUGGAAUAAACUAGCCCCUUCCAUCCCACAUUUCAGGCAUUUGCAAGAGUCCACAUUUAGUUGGUGUUGGGAAUCAGUAACCAAAUAGGCAUUUACUGCACUCCACUGAUGGGAAAAGUGAUUUUGUAAUGUAUUUGUCAUUUUGAGAAAGGGUGGAAAAGCUGUCCAUUUGUAAAUACAACUUAUUGGUAUAGGGUAAUUAGCUAAUUUUUAAUUGUUUAUUUUUUUUUUUACUGGUCUGGGAUAACCUGAUGAAGUAAUGGGGUUGGGAAGAUUGACAAACUAGAGAGUAUAGGAUGUUGGGCUAUACACUGUUUUGUAAAUGGAUUACAACUGAAAGUAUAUUAUUAUUUGAAUUUGUAAGUAAGCAAAAAAGGGAAUGUGACGCAAAGGGAAUUUGUCCUGAUGUUGUGUAAGAAUUAAAAUGUUAUAAUUGUGAAAGUCUAAACUGUCACCAAUAUAGGGUAAAUAACCUUUAUGCCAGGAGUGCACAGUUAUGGUUGUUAUACUGUUGUGAAAAUAAGCAUUAAGAUGGAUUGUGAGAAAUCUCUUGAAUGUAUCUCUUGAAUAUUGAUAUCGGUUUUUGCAUAAAUUUAAAGGUGCGCGUUAAGCACCGAACCAUGUUUAUUUUUUUUAUUUUCAUUUUAUUUUCACCAUUCAACAAUGUGAAAUUGCCCUUUGAGAAACAUAGGUGUAGCAUAUUGUAUUAAUGUGUAUAAUGCUCUGUUUUAAUGUAAUUUAGUUUUUCCUUUUUUUUUUUUUUUUUUCUGAUUUCAGGUGUGGCCCUUUAAUAGAUCUGUGCAGAGGACCCCAUGUGAGACAUACUGGAAAGAUUAAGGCUCUAAAGAUCCAUAAGGUAUUAAAUUAAUACCUCCUUAAUGACCGAGGCAGUUGUCCAACUUCUGAACUAAAGCAAAAUAAAAAAUUUGUGCUAUGUGUUUCACAUUAAGUACAUGCAUAUAUACUAUAUAUUGUUUUUUAUUUGGGUUUCUUUUCCUUUUUUUUUUAAAAUCACAGUCCUAACGGCAAUAAAGCCCACUGUUUUUUUAAGAUGGAAUGAAAUGCCGUUAAAGGAUUAAAGCAUUAAAAUUUAAGGGAUUAACAUCUGUCCCUGCUAGAUGGUCUGUCUUUUUUGAAUUGGGAGAAGAAAGUGGAUAGCGGAUAGGACAGGAACCUUUAAUAAACCCAAAUUCUGACAAUCUACAAAAAACACUUCUAUAUUUACACAUACUGAUCUUCACAUAUCUAAUUUAUAAUUGCACUGACACACAUCAUAUACACCCUUGGGUCCUCAUACUUUGAAACAUUAUACAUAGAUCGUGCAUUCACACACAUACAUACAUAAACAUUGUGGCAGUCUACCCAUAUAUCUCUGCACUGCAUUCACGUAGACUUCAUGAUGCAAACAAGCCUUGCAUUAAAGAAACACUAUAGUAAUGCAAAACUGUAUUCUUAACACUAAAGUGUAACUGUGCACCCCCACUCCCCACUGGCCCCGCUUCUAUCUUUUCUGACAUGCGUCGCACAUGCAUUAGCUCUUCUUCACAGGAAAGCAUCGAAUCAGUACUUUUCUGUGGGUGGACUUGACGCUAGACGUCUUCGUCCAAAGCGUGCGGAUGUCCACUUUGUGUCCCAGAACUAAACUGUGUGAAACAGCAGGAAGCGCCUCUAGUGGCUGUCUUGUAGACAGCCUUUAGACGCAAUCUUAACCCUGCAAUAUAAAUAUUGCAGUUUCUCUAAAACUGCAAUGUUUAAUAUUGCAGUUUUAAGGAGACCGAGACAGUGCAUCCAGACCACAAUGAGAUUAUGUGAUCUGGGUACCCAUAGUGUCCCUUUAAAACCUAAAGCCAUCCACAUGCCUUUGAGGUAUAGAACAAAUUUUAGCUGUGAAGCUAGCUCAGGACUUCGUGCCCUGAUUACUUUGUUACUCUGUUUUAACCUCAUAUGUUUUUCCCCAGAACUCUUCCACCUACUGGGAGGGUAAAGCAGAUAUGGAAACACUGCAGAGAAUUUAUGGAAUUUCCUUCCCAGACUCCAAAAUGCUGAAAGAAUGGGAGAAAUUCCAAGAAGAGGCCAAAAACAGAGACCAUCGAAAGAUUGGAAGAGUGAGUUCAGCCAGUCUUGGUUCAGUUGUAUUUUAAUCCCUUGACAUUCUAGAGGAGGGAUUUAACUAUAAAUAGGACAAUUACAAGAAAACUUACAGGAACAAUAGGUUGAAGAGGUCCUUGCUCAAAUGAGCUUACAGUGUAUAGGAGGUGGGGGGGUAAAACACAAUAGGACAGGAAAUGACAAUCACAUAAUGUGGGAGUGAAGCAGAGCUGGAGGAGAUAGUAGUGUUGUUCCCGUUAGGAAAGAGCAAGAGACAGGUAUGUGAGGUAGAGGUUACUCUGGGAGGCCAUAAGCUUUCCUAAAGAGAUGGGUUUUAAGGCACUUCUUACACGAUUGAAGACUAGGGGAAAGUCCGAUGGCGGUAGGAAGGGAGCCGCCUGCUAGAAGUCAUGCAAGUGUGCGUUGGCUGCAUGCGUGCGAGCAGCGGACAGGAAAUGGUCACUUAGAGAGCAGAGAGUCCGAGAAGGGGCAUACCUAUGGAUCUGUGAAGAGAUAUAAGAGAGGCUAGAAUUGUUCAUUGCUUUAUAAGUAUGGGUUAGCACUUUGAAUUGACUCCUAUAGGAUACAGGAAGCCAAUGUAAGAACUGACAGGGGUGAGGUGUGAGAGGACCAACUAGAGAGGAAAAGCAGUCUGGCAGCAGCAUUCAUUACAGACUGUAGUGGGGUAAUACGGCUUUUGGGGAGACCAAUCAGGAGAGUGUUACAAUAAUCCGUGCGGGACAUUAUUAGAGCAUGGGCAAGCUCCUUAGUAGCAUCUUGUGUAAGUAUGGGGCGGUUGUGGGCUAUGUUUUUAAGAUGGAAUCUACAGGAUUUGGUAACAUACUGGAUGUGAGGCUCAAAUGUGAGGCCAGAAUAAAGUAUGACGCCAAGAUAGAGCGCUUGCAAGGAUGGGCUGAAGUGGAUACCACUAACUUAAAGGGAGAGUGAAGGAGGAGUAUCAGUAUUAGGAGGAGGAAAGACAAGGAUUUCAGUUUUAGAGAGCUUGAGUUUCAAAAAGCGGGAGGACAUCCAGGCAGGGAUGGAAGAAAAGCAAGCAAUGACACGGUGCAGGACGGCAGGGGAGAGGUCCAGGGAGGAGAGAUAUAUCUGGGUGUCAUCAGCGUACAGGUGGUAGUGGAAUCCAAAUGAGGUAAUAAGUUUGCCAAGAGAGGCAGUAUAAAGAGAAAAUAGAAGGGGACCAAGGACAGAGCCUUGGGGGACUCCAACUGAGACAGGACGAGGGGAGGAGGUAUCAUUAGAAAUGGAGACCCUGAAUGAGCGUUGGAAGGGAUAAGAGGAAAACCAUGAGAGGACGGAGUCACAGAGACAGAGUGUUUGAAGAGUUUGAAGAAGGAUUAUCAUGAUUACCAUAUCCUUUAUAAACUUACAUAUUUAGAGGAUUUUGAUUGUAGAAUUUCUUAUAAUUACAUUUAUUCUACUACAUCGGAAUUAAUGUGUGCAUUUCUGUAUUGUCACAGGAACAGGAGCUGUUUUUUUUCCAUGAGUUGAGUCCGGGAAGCUGUUUUUUCCUCCCUAAAGGAGCCUAUAUUUAUAAUCAACUGAUCGACUUUAUCAGGGUAAGUAAUUUUUGAAAUGUAGUCAAAUUGCUCUUACUUGCUUGUCCUUGAAGGAAAGAUUGCCUUUUGUUGUUCCUAUAAUUUUAAAUAUUUCCAGCUGGUAAACUAGGACAGGCCAUAAUAGUCAUUUCUAGUAUGCUUGACCAUCAGGAUUUAUUGGGUGCCAAAGAGUUAUUCCUUAAAGAGAUAAACUAGUUUUACACUUGUCAUGCCAGAUCAUGCUUCUAACUUUUGCAAAGUGCCACUUUGUCACAAAAUUCAACCUUUUUUCUGAAAAAUGCAUUUUUUUUUAUUUUUUCUAAUAUACGCUAAAGCGUAUCCCAUCACAUUAGUCAUGCUGAAUUUCUUUUUUAGUUUUACUGAAAAGCAAGUUUUAGACAUAAUGUGUCUGCAAUGCUAGCUGAAUAUCACAUUUUACUCCAAAAUAACAGAAAUAUAUAAAGUCUUCAAGUGCUUUUUUUUUUACAGACCUAAUCCAAUGUCAUAGAUUCCCCAAGACCAAGUUUUCCUUGAUUCUACCGAACUCAUAGGGAUUACAUUAAAAGUUGUUCAUAUAUUUUCCAAAUACAUUGGCAAGGUUAAAUUGCAUUUAGUUGUAUUUUAGAGGGUCUUUACCUCUCGAUAAACUUCACCAUUGCAAUUGACAAUAGUAGCCCGCUGUCCUAUGUUAUUGCAUCUGGGGUUUGCGGUUGACUCUUUAGUGGCACAAAGUCGUUGCAGAUGGGUUCUCCUGGCUUCUUGGAGUGUACUACAUAUCUGUCUUUUGACUUAUGACCUCAAUGUGUGCCCAGUAACCAAAGUAAUCCUUUGGCAGUGUUACAACUGAGCAAACCACUGAUAUCAGUGGAAGCUCUCGUGGUUGUAAGACGCUCAGAAAUUAGAAUCCUUGUGAUGUUGAGUAGUUUAAUUUGCUUACCUAAACUCAAAGAUUAAAACCAAAAAAUGUUAACGGCUCCUGCUAAAAGUAUGUUGUAGCUGUUGAUCAACUACUUUCUUUUCUUAGUUUUGUGGCGAUUGGGUAUUUUAAAUGCUUCCCUCCACUUAUUUCAUUUUUUUUUUUCUUCUUCACUUUGUAGCAAGAGUACAGGAAGCGAGGUUUCCAAGAGGUGGUCACCCCAAAUAUUUACAACAGCAAACUGUGGCAAACCUCAGGACAUUGGCAGCACUACAGUGAAAACAUGUUCUCAUUUGAAGUUGAGAAGGAGAUCUUUGCUCUCAAACCAAUGAACUGCCCAGGACAUUGGUAUGGGACCCUACACACUUUGUUUAUCUUCAUGUUACAGGCAAAGCCUGAAAUCAGCAGUUUGAUACAAUGAUUAGAUAUUGUAUAGACUUCCUGCUCUGUGCCCAAAGAAUGGUUAGAAUCGAAUUGCUAAAAAUGGGAAGGAAUAGAAAAGGGGAAUGGAAAGGAAGCGAGUAGAAAGAAAGGAAAAGGAAUAAAAUAAUUACCUUGUUAAAGGGACUCUCCAGUGCCAGGAAAACAAACUAGUUCUCCUGGCACUGCAGGAUCCUGCAGUGCCCCCCUCCUUGCCACUCCCAUCCCAUUUUGCUGAAGGGGGUAAAACCCUUUCCAUGACACCUGAAUCCAGAGCCGAUGUCCCUCGGUACUGGGUCAGGCUCCUCCGACGUCAGCCGGCAGGGGAGACCUAAUGCGCAAUCAUGGCAAUGGCUGUGCGCGCAUUAGACCUCCCCACAGGAAAGCAUUAUUCAGUGCUUUCCUAUGGGGAUUCCGGCGACAUUGGAGGUCCUCAUGCACAGCGUGAGGAUGUCCAUCGUCAUUUAAAACACUUUUCAUGUUCUAAGAAGCCGGAAGUCCCUCUAGUGGCUGUCUGACAGCCACUAGAGGAGGACUUGACCCUGCAAGGUAAUUAUUGCAGUUUAUAAAACCACUUGCCGGGUUAAGGGUGAUGGGAGUUGGCACCCAGACCACUCCAAUGGGCAGAAGUGGUCUGGGUGCCUGGAGUGUCCCUUUUAAGAAAUACAUCUGAGUUAUUUGUUGAGUUCAAACAAAUAUUGAUAAAUCGGUUUAGCAUUGUGGAUACUUAUCAAAAAUAAUCACAAUACAUUUCUGUUUAAAUAUACAAUAUACAUUUAUCUAGAUUAAACCAUUACAUGAAAAUUAAUUAAACAAAUAAGACAUAGAUUGUCAACCGUCGCAAAUGAAUUAACAAUUUUUAGAAUUAAAGAAAUUUAUUGCAUUAAUUAUUAUAGACUAUAGAUAGCAAAAAGGUAUGCCGGUUAGUAUAGCGUAAGCAAAAUAAAGUAUUAGUAUAGCUUAAAGAAAUAAAUUAAUAAUAGUCCUCACCAGGUAAUUAAAAUUUUAAAAAGAUUGGAAUAUUAUCAUAGGUGUAAUAUGCUGCUUCAGCUCUUAAAUAAAAGAGAAAAAUUAAAGCGGCACUGUCAAUGCCCUGCAUCACUUUUUUUCUUCUUCUUUUUCUAACCCCACUCCCGAGCCAGUAAAAAAAAGACUCCCCCAAUCAAAAGGUCCCCCAUGCCAUCAUGGUGGGGCACUUAUUAAAAUAAUUACCGGUAACUGCACACUCCUUCAUGGCAGUGUUAAUUUUAGCAGCAAAUUUCCAUUUAAAUUUUAGUCAUAGUCUUUUGACCAAAAAGCCAUUUUAGUUUUAGUCGUAUUUUAGUCAUCUCAGUUGUUUUUGUUUUAGUCGACUAAAUCUCAAAAAUGUUAGUCUAAUAAAAUUUGACCAGUGCUGUUAGUCGACAAAAUGAACACUCCUUCAUAGAGGUACUGUUUCGGAUGGGGAGGAGUAUGUCAAUUAGCAGUGCUCAUUACACGGUAUAAAAUCUUGUUGCUUUGCCCUAUCAGCACGUAGCAGUAGAAAUUAUGAGGAAUUAAUCAGAGAAAAGAUGGUAUAGAAAAAUGUGGGAAGUGCUAAUAGACGAUAAAAAUGUCUAAUCUGGUGCUUUUGGCAAGAUGCAAAUAAAGAAAAUUUCGAUAUUUUGUUCUUGUUUCGUGUUCAAACUUUUAUAACAAGACUAAUGUCCUUAUCUCCUAUGAGUGGGCUAGUACUAAUGACCAUCUAUAAAUAUAUAUGAAAUAACCAACAAUGACCACUUCAGGGUGCUCUAAAUUUAUAUCACACUAGUAUGAUGGUAUGAUUAAUAAAUCCGCUAAUCAUUUUUUUUUUACAGGCAGCAAUGUCUGAUACAAUUGUCACUUAAAGAUUAUCAGGCCUGAGUUAAAACUGGGACAGAAUUAUGUUCUCUGCAAUAAUAAUUGGGGGGGUGAAGGGGUCAAACCUACAUGGUCUUAGAACAAAAACCUUUAAAAAAAAAAAUCAUGUCUAUUGAAUGUUUCUUAUAACUUUUUUUUUUUUUUUUUGGAUAAAUUCCACUGAUGGUAUCUAGAAUUCCUUGAUGGCAUUAUUUUUUCUUAAUAUCCUAUCUAUAUUUCUUUUCCCCCCCCUCUCUCUUCACAUAGGGAUGGUUAAUAAGACAGUUAUAUUCUAGGUUCAAGGGCUCCUCUCUAACCCCUGGGCCCUAGGCAACUACCUAUGAGCACUUUAUGGUGAAUCCUGCUCUGAGAUUACUUCUAUCUAAUGUGACAUACCACUGUGUAUAAGUAAAACGCCUAGAUGUGUGCAGUCCCUUUUUACUUUGCGUUAUAGUUUGUUUUAUUGACAGGUUGUAAAUUUAGAGACUCUUAAUAAAAUAAAUAAAGCUGAUUUCAUGUACACAUUUAUCUAGUCUAAUGUUUGAUAACCGCCCUCGCUCUUGGAGAGAGCUGCCCUUGCGGAUGGCUGAUUUUGGAGUUCUUCAUCGUAACGAGUUAUCGGGCGCCCUGACAGGACUGACCAGAGUAAGACGGUUUCAGCAGGACGAUGCACACAUAUUCUGUGCCAUGGAGCAGGUAGGGAACGCAGACUCCAUAUGUAGAUGCAAUGAUAUUAAACUUAUUUACGUAGUAUUGUGAAUAUUAAAUAAAAUAUCCAAGGCACUAAUAGUAGGUUGGUUACAUGCCUAGAUGAUCCAUAUUUUCACAAUGCUAUGAACUGGUAUUUGCUUACUGCAUUACUAUAUUAUAUUGUACAAGUAAAAAAUGUAGAUUGUUUUUUAUAUCUUAAAUUUGCAACGUUUCAAAUUAAGCAUGCUAUACAGUCGCGUAAAGUCUUCACAAGAUGCCUUCAUCAAGUUAUAGAACUAGAAUCUCAAUUUAUAUCAAAUGGUAGGGAGGGUAGAGACUUCAUUUUUUAAAGGGUUACUCCAACCACCACGAACACAUCAGUGAUUUGAAGUGAUGAUGGUGGUAGGAGUAUGUACGUGCAGGGUUUCUGCUUGAAUAACAGCACAUCCAGAAAAUUAUUGUUAAUUGUGUGCAGGGGGCUAGCUGUACCCCUGGCACAUGUGACAUUGGCAGCCUAGAACACUGCUCCCUCCUGCAUCUCUCUGGUGCACACAGACCUUUUUUUUUUUUUUUUUUUAAAGCAGUCUAAACGGUCCAAUCACAGGCUUCUCUAUAAUUGGCCGCUUAACACUAAAUCACUGCUUGCUUUUACUGUUUCUCACACUAGAAUGACUUAUAGACUUAAAAAAGGGCUUCUGGGUAAAUCAGAACUGUACAUGUGUAAAGGACACCUUCAAAUGUGUGUUUUCACGGUUUCAGGUGACUGGGUAAUCGAUUCGAAAACCUUUCUGUUUCACAGUAUGACUGAGACAAAUCCAUAAAAUUUCUUGAUAAUGAGAAUAGUUUUUCAACUAUCACAAUUACUUGACUUUGACAAACUGUCUGCUGUCACGUUAUUUUUACAGCCAGUUUCUUUUACGUAUGGUUGCUUUUUUUAUGAUCAUAUAAGGGAAAUAUAUACAGUGAGGGGGGAAAAAAGUAUUUGGUCCCCUGCUGAUUUUGAACCUUUUCCCACUGACAAAGAAAUGAUCAGUCUAUAAUUUUAAUGGUAGGUUGCUUCUGUGGACAAAAUCUUUGUGCAACAGUUUUAAAUAGUAGUGUAAAUUGUACAUAAGAGGGAACAGUCUGUAAUCAGUAUGUACAAUGUAUUUGUGCAAUUUUUAGUUGUAUUGUGCCUUUGUGAGCAUUGUACGGUUGAACCAUUACUACUCCAGUAAUCCAUGCAGUGUUUGCUACCUCUUCACUGUCCACUAGCGGAAAGCCAGUGCAGCAUCCCUUCAUAAUUCUAAAACGCAAUUAGUUACCAACGCUUAAUUUUACUACUUCAACUUCAGAUUGAAGAAGAGAUCAAGAGUUGUCUGGAUUUCUUACGCUCUGUUUAUGACGUCUUUGGAUUCACGUUCAAACUGAACCUCUCUACCCGUCCAGAAAAGUUUCUUGGGGACAUUGAAGUGUGGAACCAAGCUGAGAAGGUAGGACCACACUGACUGGUUUAUAUGUGUUAUGUUGACCAAGUAAUCAAAAACUCUACUGUAUGCUCAUCUCACUUGGGGUGCGGCACUUCUAGCUGGCUUCACUAUUGGCAUAUUCGUUUGGAUUUUCUCAUUAAUUAAAUGAUUGCUAAACCGUGGUACUCCUGCUGUUGUGGACUCACUCAUCCAAAUGACUUGCAAAGGAUGAAAAAUGUAGUCCUCAACAGCUGCAGCACAAGAGGUUAGUCAUCACAGUCCUGUUUUACUCAUGGCAAAUGAAAUGUGUUAAUGUGUUUGGUAUCCUUUAAAGCCUCAUUAGUUUUGAACAGCUGCCUCAAUCUGUUCAUAGUGAGCAAUGAGCCAAGUUCAUAGCUUUAGGUCAUGUGAUGCAUUUAUCUAGCAGUGAUAAAUGCAAUGCAUCUAUCAGCUAUUGCUAAGACUCAAGAAGGUUUAUUCAUUAAACUGUAAAUUAAAAAUAGAAUUUAAAAAUUUAGGUUAAAAUGUACCCCGUGGCUGAGAUCAUGAAAUUUGACGAAAUUGGCUCCAAUCACCAUCUCCUAGUAGAGAUGCAUUGAAUCAUUGCCUCUCUUUGGAAAGCGUUCAGCAUAUUCAUGCAGAGUGUGGGGACGCUGAAUGCCAGUACUGCACGCUAUGCAACACUGAUCCAGGAAGCACCUUUAGUGGCAGUCUGAGUGACAAUGUCCCUAGGCAACAAUGUAAUUACUGUAAUUUCUCUGAAAAGCAUUGCUUACAUUGAAAAUGUAACACAAAGAAAUACAGGAAAAGUAUUGUGUUACAUGUUCUCUCCUCAGAGGGUUUGAGGGUUACCUUCUGUUGGGUCGCUGCCUACCUUACUUAAAUUUUAUUAGCGCUGACCCUUUUCUUAUUUUUCUUACAUUGAAAAGCCUGCUGGGACAUGCUGUAGACACCAGAGCAACUACAUUAAGCUGUAGUUGUUCUGGUGAACACAGUGUCCAUUUAACUUUGCAAUAUGGUUUUAUUUUCACCAUAGCUCAGCGUUAAGUCACUGUACCCUCAACUUUGACGGGAACUUAGAGUUCACUUUUUAAGGGAAAAUAGGUGAAUUAAAAACACAACUGGCUUGGAUAUUGUUUUCCAAUACAGCAGGUUUGCUAUUAAUGUUUAAAUUCACAUUGAAUUCCUGACAAUUUUACUGAAUUACCAUGCAAGAGAUUCACAAAAUUGAAGAGUCCCGUAGUACAUAGAUCUCCUGUUUUCAAGAUGGAUGUCUUCGUUCAGCUGAUGUGCUGACUGGGUAUUUCUAUACUGUGUGUAAGGCCCAAAUAAAUUAAAGGACCCGGUCUCUGAUGGGAAUAGAACGCCAAGAGAAUGCUAUUCUCUGUUUUAUUCUGUAAACGUCCUUGUCUAUAGUAUACUGUGCCAAAGCUGACAUCGUUUGCAUCCUCUCGCUAAAAGUUCCUUUGUGGCGCCUGAAGAUAAUUCACAUCUUUAUUUCAUACCAUAAUCAUUAUUCUCAUAAAAAAUAUUUUAUUUUCAGCAACUUGAAAACAGUUUGAAUGAGUUUGGAGAGAAAUGGGUGUUAAAUCCAGGAGAUGGAGCAUUCUAUGGACCCAAGGUUGGUUUUAUUAAUUUAUUUUAAAUUUAAUUGCAUACUAUGUGUGUGUAUAUACAGUAAUUUUUCCUUUCUUUUCUGUUUGUGUGCUGAAGAUUAAAGUAUGUUAUGUGCCUAGUUAAAUACUUUUAUUUAUUUUUUUAAUGUUUCAUGUCUCUCCAUCUGCCUUUGUCGUGAUCUUAAUCACUCCUCCAUCUUACACCUUUAAUCUGCCCUACCAAAUCCCUAUGCACUUCCUUUCCACUGUAACCCUGCCAUAACCCUACUACAUCCCCAUCACCCCGGCUCUGUCACAUCAUUCCCCGUCACCCCGGCUCUGUCACAUCGUACACCGGCCCUGUCACAUCGUUGCCCUGUCACAUCGUUCCCCCGUCACCCCGGCCCUGUCACAUUGUUCUGCCUGUCCCACAUUGUUUUGUACCUCCCCAACACUACAGCUCUGCCAGAUCUACCUGCACAUACUCUUCUUCACAACUCUGUCACAUCUUUAUGCAAGUCCUUUUUACCGCAGCUUGGGCACAUUGUUCUGCAAUUUCCCAUCACCACAGCUCUGCCGCAUCUCUCUGCUCAACUCUGACACCGUUCUGCACUUUAUCUUAAACAGCCUUGCCAUUUUGCCGUGCACUUCCCAACAACCAUAGAUCUUGCACUCAUGCCUCUUUAUGUUCCACUGCCGUAGACUUUCUGCAUUACUUUGCACUUUUCGUAUCCCUCCGUCACCGUAGCCCUCUUGUAUCCCUCUCAACCUCUUUAUCACCAUAAUAAAGUAAAACCCAUCUCUUUCUUUCUGUUACUGCUUCUCUUUGCGUAACAUUGCUUUUUGUUAAUCUUUAUUUACACCAGAAAAGGGUAAACUGAGUACAAAACAGAGUAAAGUGGAAUCUGCAUUCCUAUAUAUGUGUAGCGUUGCAAAUGCUUUCAAAGUCUCCUAUAGUGGAUACAAACCUCAUUCACUGGCAUUUAAAAUAUAUCGGAUAGUAAAACCUGUUUCUACAUGUUAUUUAGAGGAUGGUGUAGUUCCUUGACCAAGCACAAGAGGGCAUUCUAUGCCUUAUGGAUGGAUUAUUUUAGACAUAAAUAAAACUUGGUUGAAUUAACAGGGUUUUGCUCUUAUGCUCUGUAUAUUUAUCAAUAAAUAUAUAAAUAUCCCUCAUGUUGUCUUUCCAAGUGCCACCAUCAGAAUGUAGUCCGUUCAGGACUUGUUACAUUGGGCUUCUUACUAAAGUGAGAAUUGUAAGUGAAUUUCAAGUUUAAGGCCAAUUAGCUGAGCUAUAGAAGCAUAGCGGAUUUAGAGAUUUUUCUCCAGCUUGUCUAUUUGAAGUUUCAAAUUCACUUUCAGUUCCUGGUAAAUCUCACUUUGGUGAAUAAACCUGGUUUAGUUAUAGCUGAAUGAACUUUGACACAAGGUUCCACUUUGUUUAACGCCCAGCUAUUCAUAUAAUUCCAGUCUGUUUCAAGACAUGACAAAUUCUAUGAAAUAAUGCUCAUUUCCAAUACGGUGGAUUUAUACAGUGAGAGGUUCCAAGAGCUGCUGCAGGAAUGUCUAAAAUUGAUUGUAUUCUCCUGGAUAUUGGCACCUGGAGACUAAAUUAAAGGCUACCAAGCUGAUGAAAUGCAAAAAUACAAAAGCACGGUUUUGCUUAUUCGUCUGUGUGGAUCUCCCCCCUCCCGAAUCUGAUCUAGUGUUAACAUCCAUGUGUUUUCGUCAUUUAUUCUCUAACUUUCUGUAUUUUGAGGUUUACAUCUAGAAUACUGUUUUUUUUUGUUUGUUUGUUUGUUUUUUAAGAGGUAAACCACAUCAGUUGGUGGAGUUUAACGUUGUAUCCAUCUUCAUUUAGAUGGUCAAUGCUGUAUUUUCUAGUAGGGAUUGAAUUUUGCCAAUUUGGCAGCAAGGCAUCCAGCUCUCCACUAUGCAGCAAAUAAAAGCACAGAAUAGAAUAAUUACAAGUGUCAUUAUUUAUUCGAGGAGAUUUAAAAAAAAAAAAAAUUUUUUUUAAAAGAACACUCCAAGCACCAUUACCACCUCAGCUCUCUUAAGUGGUUAUAGUGCCUGAGGUGCUCUGGUGCCGCCACUAGUGUUAGCUGUUGAAACUGUUUUUGAAUGGUUUGACUUCCGACUUUGGGUGUGCUGGGUGCCACUUCCCACCUUCGCUACUAAUGUCGAAGUAACAGUUGCUUCUAAGCAGGAUGAAGAGCUUAGCUCAUUGGCUGAUCUUGAGUGGUUAUGGUACUUGGAGCAUUCCUUUAAUUUUGUAGUGAUAUUUGAUGCUGGUUUAUUUUAGUUGUCCUUUUCUCAAAAACCAUAUCUGGUUCCUGCCAUCCCUGUAGUUACAAGUACUACCAUGUUGACAUUCUUUGGUAUCAUAAUGUUAUGCUCCUAAGAAUUGGAUUCCUACAUUUGUACUCCAAUCCUGGUGAACAGGUUUUCUCUGGUACCUCGUCAUAGCCACCAUACAGCUUCAAAACAUGUCCGAUUGUUCAAAAAACGUAAUCUUUAGUCGAUAAGCUCUGGAUGUUUUCUGAACUAUAUUCCUCAUACUGUCUAAUCGGCCUAACAGUUGCCUGGGCAUCAUUGAACUGUAGUUCACAAACAUGCGUCUGUGCCAUAAAAGGCUCUAGAACAUUUUAUGGCUAAUGAUCACUGCAUGAUGAUUGCCUUAGGGAUUGUAUCAUGGUAUUUCACACAAAAAAAAGAAUUGCAUUAUAUUAAUUGCCUUGCAGGAUGUGAUAAAAUAAGACAAGUUUAGGAUUUUUAUUAAACCCAAACAUACUAUAUUUUUAUUUGAUUUUUUUUGCUUGUUAUUUGCAAAUUAAAAGAGGAUGGAAUUUCAAUAUUCCUUUGAUCAUUACAAGUAACCGAGAGACUGUCCUCAAGGGAGAGCUUGUGUGGACCUGAAUCUAGAUCGCUUAUUGACUCAAUAAAAUAUAUUGCACCUUUUGACUAAUAGUUUUCCGGUUGCAUGAAAGUCUUUGCUUGAGUAACACGCUACAUUCCUCUGGAAUUCAGAGUAUACGAUAGACUGUUUUUAGCUAUGCAAAUGCAGAACACAAAUGCACAAUCAAACAGCGGUCCGUUAAUAAGCAUGGAUAUGCUUUGCAGUUAACAGAAAGACCAGUAAACACAUGCCAACCAGAAUACAAAUGAAAUGAAAUCGCACUAGCACAGCUUAACAUUGAUUUAAUGAAUCCAAACCCAAAAUUAUAGCUCUUAUAAUACAGUUUUCCAGCAAAAUCAGGUUGCUACAAUGUAUGUCAUUAUUCCAGUACCUAUGGAAACAUUAUUACAGAGUCUGGCACAUUAAAUUGUGUUUUUCUCCUAUCUGUUACUACUCUAUACAAAUCUCUUCUCUUCUCCUGUAGAAUGAUACACCAUUAAAAUGUAACUUUUGCACCAGUAAAGCUAAAGAAAAUCUGAGAAUAGAAAAUGUGGGAAAACAAAGAAAUUGUAGUUAAAAAAAAAAAAAGAAUGGAUUGUAAUAUGUGGAUUUUUCUAAGAAACAGAAUAAACUAAUGCUAACUAGAUAGAUUUUUUUUUUUUUUUGUGUGGAAUAUGGUCCAUUAAAUAUGGCAUUAUUUAAAUCAGUCAAGUAGUGUGUUGUAUCAGUGAUGGGAUUUUCCUUGUCUACAUUGGCUCCAACAUAAGUGGCAACUUUUUCACUUGGGUCCUAAGGCAGCCACAACCGUACUGAAGAAUUGGAAGACUUAGUGAUAUCAGUAGGCUAAUGCGUGCCCUCAUUGUGUACAGAUUUUCGAGUAACAAUAUUUCUAAACACAAUAGAUGUACCUCAACAAGUUUUCAGCAUUAAACCAAUUUAAUUGUGUAUUGUAUUUGGGAACUAGAAGGUGAUUUUUUUUUUAUUACUUUCGGACACCAGUAAAUCCUUCUUUGGAGCUUUAUGAUGGAUGUGCUCCAAGAGGAUUCACAAACUGAUUUACUUCUCUUUUGAGUUAUAUUUGCUGCAUACAUUUUUUUUUCCCCAAAUACAUUUAUUCAUGGUGUUUUACUAGAAGCAGUCACACAAUAUCGUAGCUACAAGGUUAGAUUUUUAAAGCCUAAAAAUACAUACGUUAGCAGUUAUACUACACACAGCUAUACUUCCGUUACACAAGCACCUGUAGGUGGCACUGUUGUAGCACUACAAACACCAUCCCUGAUCCACUGUAAAGGACACCUUUAUUGCACUAGAGACUCUUUUUUUCAAGGACUUUAUCCUUUUUAAGAAUAUAUAAUUACUUUCAAGGAUUGUGGCAUACUCGUUUGCAUUUAAUUUUUUUUUUUAAUUGCAUGAGGUGACUUGUUCCCAAACUCUAUUUUUGGUGUAUUCCUGUUCUAACCUGGCUUAACAGGCAGGCAAUUGCCCAGAGCACAUGCACCUACACAAAUUACUCAUUGAGUUGCAUUGGGAAGUCUGUGAUUGGACAGCCACUGAAAGUCUAGAGUUCGAAGGGGAAGCCUUGCAAAGACUUCAGACAAAAGAUCUUAUGCCAAGUGGUUUAGAUACAGUCCCAAUGAAAACAUGCAUUUUUUUCACUGGAGACAUAUUUAAUAAAUAGUGAUAUUUUAAUUAAUUGUGUAUUUGGGCAAUGGAGUGUCCCUUGAACAUUAAAGAAACAAAAUCAGAAUGGACAAAAUAUAGGGAGGGCUGGGUGGGAGUGCAUGGAAGGAAGAUAAGCAGGGGACAGUGCUCCGGCCAGUCGUGUCACGUGUGCUCGGCAUGCAACCUUUCCCCGGAACAAAAGUGCAGGUUACUCUGUAUGUGCGUUUAAAGCAGAAAUGGUGCACAAACACACUCCUACCACCAAGACCACUUCUAAAAGCAGAUGUGGGUGGAGGAACCCUCUAAUAGUAAGGUGACAUCUUAACAAAAGGAGUUUCCAUGGUUCUAAAAUGGUUCCUCUGCUUGUAUGGCCACCAUGCCUUAUACCAUUCAUAAUGCAGUCACAACAGGUCAACGUGUUGGAAUGGGGUGCAAGAAAUGCAUUCUUUCCCGCGGCAUGUAGUCACCAAUCAGAUUUAGCAUCAAGAGUGGGGACCUUUUUCUUAUGUUGCUGUCAGAUUCUUUACUUGCUAGGUAGAUUGGAGAAUCCCAUGAUCUCUCUAAGAUCUCUCAUCCUCCAUUUGAGACUUCCCACUUUUUUACAUAGCUAUGGUAAGUUGUAUAAACACGGAUACCACAUUUAAAAUAAUGAAAGCAAAAGUGAAAAGUUUUGUUCCCUAUUCUCUGAACCCAGCUUCUAAGCAAGAAGAAGAAGAAAAAAAAAAGACCACCUUGUCAAACGGAGCAGUGAGGAAUAGGUGUGUUUAACACUUAACUUACCUUUCUAUUGCUCUUACCUACUUGGCCUAUUAUCUACUUGACUACUCACUUACUGUGCAUCAGAGUUGCUGAACGUGUAAAUACCAUUUAACUUGUGGUGGAGAAAUGGACACUAUUAAAUUAGGAAAGAUGAAGUACGUACAACAACGCUAGAGGGAUGUGCUCAGCUCAGGGGCUGUCAUAUAGAUAAUCGUGCUAUACAUCAAUGCACAGAUUGUAUACAUUGUCGCAUCCACUAGACGCUUUUAGAUAUUUACACAGUAUGAUUAGGCUUCUAAAAGACCCGUUUUGACAGAUGCAUUUUAGGGGAUUAAAAUGUGACUGCUUAUUAAAAAAUUUUAAGUCUUAUUAUUACAUUUAAAUUUAACCUUCAACCCAUUUAUUUUGGCAACAAAUCCCUCGCUUCUCCCCCUUUACAUCCAUUUCUGUCUUUUGCUAAUCUGUUCUUUAAUGAAUGCUGAAGAUUCCAAUUUCCUUUCAAUACCUGUAAAAUAAUGACACAGUCAGUACCAGGUGAGAUCGAUUAUUUUUCCCAUCAUGCAUAUAUUAAAUCAAUGACACGUGACAUAAAACCACUGUUUGCACAAUAUGUUUCUCUCGCAGUUGGGGACUUUAGAAACUCUCUAGGGCUUUGUUGUGUGGCAAGUGAUGUUACCGACCCCUCAUUAAAGAACACAUUCUGUGUUUGACUUUAAAGUAGAAUGAUUGAUUUCUUUUCUUUUCCUCUGCGGAAUGUAAGAAUCCAGAUAAUGAAGAGCCUGUUUGCCGUGAUUCCGUUGAGAUAAACUGAAUCAGGAAAGAAAUUCUGUCAAAGGGAGACCAAGACUUGGGCGAAAAUAUAUUGCUUUUGUCAGUGGAAACAAUCGACAGAUAAUUAAAUUACCAAGAUAUUUACUAUUCUUUGCUACUCCUUUAAAUACUUUUUGCUUUGAUUUCUUUUUCUCUACUUUACCCCUAAUAAGAACGUUUUUAAUAUGUAUGUAUGUUCUAUCUAUCGAUCUAUCUCGAUAGAACUUCACGGUAUUUUUAGGAAAAAUUAAAGUUCUCUUUUGUUCUAUCGACAUUUCAGUUUUACAAUAACAACUUUCUUUUAUUAGGAUAUAUAAUAUAUAUACUUUUCAACAUACUAUAUUUUUCUCAGGUGGCAACAAAAUAUGUGUUGGUUACAUAUAUCUCUUGUGGGAUGUUAUACUUUCAUGCUGAUGUGCAAUAAAGAUACCAUACACGGUGUAUAAUUGCCACUUCUCCUGAAAAUCUGCUUUACGCUUGCUUAAGUCCACUUCCCCAAGAGUAUACACAAACUGUCUUAUUGUAAAUUGUAGCAGUGACUUUAUCAGUACUGUAGCAUUAAAAAGUUACUUUGUAAAAAAAAAAAAAAUAAGUAUUUAAAUACUUUAGUGGGUUAGGUAACUCCAGAGGUUGUGGAAUACAUUGCCCUUAAUACGUUCCCAGCAUUUUGGAUGUAAAAGCAUUAUGGGAGAUGUAGUCUAAAACAUAUGGAGUGCCAAAGGUUGCCUACCCCUGUACUAGGCCUUUUGCCGUAACGUAAAAGAAAAAGUCCUAUAAUUUGCUCUAUAACGUACUUGCUGUCACACAUAGUGAUACUGACCUUGAGUUUUAUUCUUAGCACACCAAUCCAUAUGCUAAAAUGCUGCUGUAUACUUUCUCUUUUAGAUUGAUAUCCAGAUUAAGGAUGCGAUUGGAAGAUACCACCAGUGUGCUACAAUUCAACUGGAUUUCCAGCUGCCAAUUCGAUUUAACCUCUCAUACGUUAGGUCAGUGGGAAUACUAAAUUAGUGCUUUGGGGAAAGUUGACCAUAAACAUGCACAUUUUCUAAGCAGGAAAAGUCACUAAAUUGGAAAAUACAUUGCCCUACUCAAUUAUUUUAGGACAUAAUUUUUAAAUCUCCAGCUUGGUGAAUAAAUGUUAAAGUCUUCUCUUUAUCUUUUGUAGCCCAGACGGCGAUGACAAAAAGAGGCCAGUGAUUAUUCACCGGGCCAUCCUGGGCUCUGUGGAACGAAUGAUUGCUAUUCUUGUUGAGAACUAUGGCGGGAAAUGGUAAUUGAAACUCUAUUUACACUGCAUUUAAUGUAAUCAACUUCUCUUAUUGAUGAUAGAGCAUCUUGAUCAUAUGUAAGGUUUAAUCAUUCGUGUUUAAGACUUUUAUGCACUUUACCCUGCUUUUCCUCUCUUCGUACAUCUCACUGUUAUUAUUUACUACACAUAUAUUUAAUAUGUUACCAGUUGUGGUUCAGGGUAUCAUAGAUAUUUAGCCAGUUGCAUCAACUGCCUAUCUGCACGAAAACAGUCAUUUAUCUGCACCUAAAGUCUGUGUUUUGUGAUUAAAACACAAAUUUAACUUUAUUUAUUAAUCCUGUUAACAUGAUGCUGUUCAUUUUACAGGCCAUUCUGGCUCUCUCCUCAGCAAGUGAUGGUGGUACCAGUGGGGCCAACUUGUGAUGAAUAUGCCCAAAAGGUCAGACCAGAAAUUUGUAUAUGUUAUCUCAAACAUUUGAUAUUUGUCUUGAUCACACUUAAACUGUUUCUUGUGAGAUUUUGAAAUGCUGAUUAGUUUAAAAAUGUUAAACUAUUUCACCUGAGUAUAGGUUCACACCUGAACUUGUGACUUGUACUGAUAAACGCAUGUGAGGAUAAUAGCCAAUCAGAAUCUGUGCUUUCAAAGUAUUAGUUGCUUACCUCUCACCAUUCCCCUGGUAUAUAAAUAAAUAUAUAUAUAUAUAUAUAUAUAUAUAUAUAUAUAUAUAUGUUCUACUUUUUUGAUAAUGGUAAAUUCUGUGUAUCUGUAACCUCUUAAAGCUUAAUGAAGUGGUCUGGGUGCCAGGUCCAGCUAGGAUUAACCCUUUACGUGAGUUUACAGAGGAAGAGGUUCUAUUUCAGCUGUCAAAAGUAAAGACAAAUAAGUCAAUGGGACCUGAUGGAAUACACCCAAAGCUAUUAAAAGAGCUUAGUGGUGUACUAGCAAAACCAUUAACAGAUUUAUUUAACCAAUCAUUGUUAACAGGAGUAGUCCCAGAAGAUUGGAAGUUAGCGAAUGUUGUGCCCAUUUACAAGAAAGGUAAUAGGGAGGAGUCGGGCAACUAUAGGCCAGUAAGCCUUACUUCAGUAGUGGGGAAAGUGAUGGAAACCAUGUUAAAGGAUAGGAUUGAUGAACAUCUAAAAACACAUGGAUUUCAAGAUCAUAGACAACAUGGGUUUACUUCAGGGAGAUCAUGCCAAACUAAUCUUAUUGAUUUUUUUGAUUGGGUAACUAAAAUUAUAGAUCAGGGUGGUGCAGUAGACAUUGCUUACCUAGAUUUCAGUAAGGCUUUUGACACUGUUGCACAUAGAAGGCUUAUCAAUAAACUGCAAUCUUUAAGUUUGGAUUCCAAUAUUGUUGAAUGGGUAAGGCAGUGGCUGAGUGACAGGCAACAGAGGAUUGUAGUUAAUGGAAUAUAUUCGAAGCUUGGUCUUGUCACCAGUGGGGUACCUCAGGGAUCUGUACUUGGACCCAUUCUCUUUAAUAUUUUUAUUAGUGAUAUUGCAGAAGGUCUUGAUGGUAAGGUAUGUCUUUUUGCUGAUGAUACUAAGAUAUGUAACAGGGUUGAUGUUCCAGGAGGGAUAAGCCAAAUGAUAAAUGAUUUAGGUAAACUAGAAAAAUGGUCAGAAUUGUGGCAACUGACAUUUAAUGUGGAUAAGUGCAAGAUAAUGCAUCUUGGACGUAAAAACCCAAGGGCAGAGUACAGAAUAUUUGAUAGAGUUCUAACCUCAACAUACAGUGGCGUAGCGUGGGUUGUCAGCACCCGGGGCAAGGCAAGUAAUUUGCGCCCCCUAACCCGUGGAUUUUAGCACUCGAGUCUCUUCCACUAGAUUAGUUAAAGAAACCCUUACCCCCCAAGCACAUGUAUUGUUUGUUAUGAAAAUACUUAUGUAAUUAAAGUAAAAUGCAUCUAAAUACAAGUUUAUUGGCACCAGGGUCGGUGCAAGGAUUCUUGCUGCCCUAGGCAAGAAUACAUUUUGACGCCCCCUUACGAAUGCAACUACAUUCCCUCAGAAGUUUAUUCACUAAACUCUGAAUUACACUAAAGAGACAUUUAGGGAAAGAGGCCCACUGAGUAGAUAUUAAAGGGAAACUAUAGUGCCAGGAAAACAAACUUGUUAUCCUGGCACUAUAGCUUCCCCCUCCGUCAAGCGCAUCCCCCCUCGUGGUGCAGCAGGGGUUAAAACACCUUCUGUCACUUACCUGGGUCCAGCACCAAUGUCUUUUGUGCUGGCUUGGGUCCGCCUUAGCUCCUCAAUGGCAGCGCGAUCGCAGUGGUAUUUCCGUGACUGGACGUCCCCAUGCAUAGCCACUAGAGGAGUUAACCCUGAAUGGUAAUUAUUGAAGUUUCUUAAAAAUUGCAAUAAUUACCUUUGCAGUGUCACUUACACAAUCUCACUAAUACACACACUCUCUCACUGGCAUACACACUUACACAUUCUAACUCUAACUUACACACUAACACAUACACAUUCUCACUGACCUACACAUUGUCACUUGCACACUCUCACUAACAUACACAGUGUCACUUACUCUCACUAACACACACAGUGUCACCUACAUACUCUCACUUAUACACACACACUCUAACUUACACACUCUCACUGGCAUAGACAUUGUCAGUUACACACUCUAACACCACACAGUGUCACACAUGCUCACUAACAGUGUCACUAAGUUGCACACUCUCACUAACUGUCACUUGCACUCUCUCCCUAACACAUACUCACUAACAGUGUAACUUGUACACUUUCCCUAACACAUACUCACUAACAGUGUCACUUGCACACUCUCCCUAACACACACACACACACACACACAGAGUCACUUGCACAUUCUCACUAACACACACACACAGAGAGAGUCACUUGCACACUCUCCCUAACACACACACUGUCACUCAAACACAAACUUUACAUAAGGUCACACUUUAUUUACACACACAAACACACCAAUUGAACACACUCCCCCAUUUACAAACAUGCACACAGUAAGCAAUCCCCCUUAACCAUGCCAUACCUGGGUGCUGUGCUGAGCAGAGGUCCAGGCUGCAGGAUCCAGGAUCUUGCUCUUUCUCCUGGGGGAGCAGGAGAGCCAUGCACUUUGAGCACAGCUUGCUUCCUGCUCCCUUCACAGUGCUUCCAGUGUUCACAGGCUCCCCCUGCCUGCAGGAAGCACAGUGCUCUGCUCGAGUUACAGCAAACCCCACUGCCCGAGCAGGUAAUCUGCUGCAGAGGGAGCCCAGCAGGUGAGUGGCUGCGCUGGGGUGUGGCUAAAGAGCUGCUCGUCCAGCACAGCAUCCCCGGACAGCUACAGCAGGGCAGCCCACCGGGAAACCUCUCGGUGGGCGCCCCCUAGAGGCCGGCGCCCUAGGCGAAUGCCUUAUUCGCCUUAAUAGUAGCGCCGGCCCUGCCUGGCACCCUCCCCCCCCCCCACAGUGGGCGGCGACCCGGCGGCUCGGAUCGGAUUCGCACAGCCAGCGCUGCAGAGAGAGUGAGUGAGCCAGGCAGGGGCAGAGAGCUGCGAGUGCGAGCCAGUGGCGGAUCCAGAGCCUGAUCUCGGGAGGGGCACUUGUAGAUUAUUUAAAGAAAUAAUCCGACACAAUAACCACUACAGCUCAGUGUAGUGGUUAUGGUGUCAAUAGUGCCGGGACCCCCUCCCACAGUAAGUAGUCAAACCGUUUAAGAACAGUUUGACAACUUACCUGAGAUCUGCUGGGAAAUGGGGCUGUAGUAGGGCAUAGGAGCAGUGGUGUGUGUGAGUGGUGCAAUGUGUAAGGGGUGCAGUGUGUGUGUGAAGGUUGUAGUGUGUGAGUGAGGGCGGCAGUGUAUGUCAGGGAUGCAGUGUAUGUGUGGGACAGUAUGUGUGUGUAACAGUUGCAGUGUGUGUGUAUGGGGGGCAGUGUGUGUGUAUGGGGGGGCAGUUGUGUGUAUGGGGGGCAGUGUGUAUGUGGGGGCAGUGUGUGAGGGGCAGUUUGUGUGUAUGGCGGUUUGUGUGUGUAUGGGGGCAGUAAGUAUGUGGGGCAGUAUGUGUGUGUGUAUGUGGGGGGCAGUGUGUAUGUGGGGGGCAGUGUGUGUGUAUGGGGGGGCAGUUUGUGUGUAUGGGGGGACAGUUUGUAUGAAUGGGGGGGCAGUAUUGGGGGCAAUGUAUGUAUGUGUGGCUUUUUUUUUAUUAUAUAUAUUUUUUUAUUUAAUUAAAAUUAAAUAAAUAUCCUAUGUCCCCCCUCCCUUCUUACCUUUACUGGGGAGGAGGGGGGACAUAUUUCGAUCCCUGGUGGUCUCAGUGGGGGAUUCAUUGGUGGUCCAGUGUGGAGAGUGAACUCUAGCCCACGCUCCCGGGCUAGAAUUCACUCUCGCGAGAUUUGGAGCGUUGCCGUGGUAACCGCGGCAAUGCUCCAAAUCCCACGAGAGGAGGACCCGGAGGAGCUGCAGCCUUAGCUUCCGGGUCCUCACUCUCCCUCCCCUGCCGGCUGCCCGCACAGUGCCUGCGGACCGGGGAGGGAGAUCUCUGAUCUCCCUUCCGGUCCGCAUGCACAUUGCAGGGCUUGCACCUGCAUGUGCUGACAGGGGAGGGAGACCGGCGGAUUUCUCGGGGGGGGCAAUUGCCCGUUGCCCCGGAUCACUACUGUGCGGCCCCCAGAUGUUGCGCCGGUGCGCCGGCCCCCUGCACCCCCACGCCUCUGUCAACAUAUGAGGAAAGGGAUUUAGGGGUGAUUAUUUCUGAUGACUUAAAGGUAGGCAGACAAUGUAAUAGAGCAGCAGGAAAUGCUAGCAGAAUGCUUGGUUGUAUAGGGAGAGGUAUUAGCAGUAGAAAGAGGGAAGUGCUCAUGCCAUUAUACAGAACACUGGUGAGACCUCACUUGGAGUAUUGUACACAGUACUGGAGACCGUAUCUUCAGAAGGAUAUUGAUACCUUAGAGAGGUUCAGAGAAGGGCUACUAAACUGGUUCAUGGAUUGCGGGAUAAAACUUACCAGGAAAGGUUAAAGGAUCUUAACAUGUAUAGCUUGGAGGAAAGACGAGACAGGGGGGAUAUGAUAGAAACAUUUAAAUAUAUAAAGGGAAUCAACACAGUAAAGGAGGAGACUAUAUUUAAAAGAAGAAAAACUACCACAACAAGAGGACAUAGUCUUAAAUUAGAGGGACAAAGGUUUAAAAAUAAUAUCAGGAAGUAUUACUUUACUGAGAGGGUAGUGGAUGCAUGGAAUAGCCUUCCAGCUGAAGUGGUAGAGGUUAACACAGUAAAGGAGUUUAAGCAUGCGUGGGAUAGGCAUAAGGCUAUCCUAACUAUAAGAUAAGACUAGGGACUAAUGAAAAUAUUUAGAAAAUUGGGCAGACUAGAUGGGCCGAAUGGUUCUUAUCUGCCGUCACAUUCUAUGUUUCUAUGUUUCUUUCUUCUAUAAAGAUAGCAAUUUCCUUUAAGGACCAAUGACAAACCUAUUCCGUCAAGGUUGUCCAUGCUGCUGGUAACUGGGAGCCUCAGGUAUCAUUUUAUUCCUGCGGCUCCUCUCUGUCAGCUUGGGCCAGAAUUAGUGAUGGCCCCAGACUGACCGAUGCUCUGUUUUCAGAACUCAAAGUGAGCGCUGAAGGCAGGCAUUUAAAUGGGGAUUUAAAUCCCCUCUUGUUAAAAUGCAGUGUGAGCAGAGUUAAGUCCCUGCUCACACCAGGCAGUUACAGGUAUCACUGUAAGUGGCAUUGAUUGACAAGUGAGCUGCAUGCUGAACUCAAAGGGAGAUCAGCAUGCAGCUCUUUCAGUGGGAAUUUUAAUCCCAUAGACAGUAGUGUAAGUAAAGUUAAAUCCCUGCUCACACCAUGAAACCCAGGUAUCAAUAGAGCUCAAAGAAGACAAAUGCAUGUUAAAGGGAGGCACUAAGUCCAAAAAGUCCCAGGAAAGCAGCUCUACACAGAAAUCAGAAACUUCUCACCAGAAUGAAAAAGUAAAAAAAAAAAAAAAAAUCAACAAAAUGCAGGGUUGAGUUUUAGUACUAGAACAACUAAAGUGUGAUGUGAUUAUGGUGCCAAUAAUGUCUCUUUAAAGUAUAUAAUGCCUCCACUAGUUUAACUGCAACAUUCGAAGAAAAAAAAACCUUUUACUAAAUCUGUCUUCGAUGUGGGAUAACCAGGAAGGGGAUUACCUGCUGCGGAUUUGCCCUCAACGCAUGUCUGCUGGUGAUAGAACCUGACUGAAAUUAUCAUAAAGAGGAAUAAAUCAUUCUCUGUCUUCAUGCAAAGCCCUUUAUUAAAGAACAGUUCCCAGCAAGAAUGCUGAAAUAUUAUAGUAUCACAGAAUGUUAAUGUGAGAUUACUGCAGGUUUUAAUUGUGUGCAAUUUUCUCCUACUUAUAUGCAAUGCGUGUUAAUGUGGCUUGUGGUGCCAUAGAGCUCUGCGAUUUACUCCUACACAAAGUAUUCUGUAUGCUUAGAGUUAUAAUGGGUAGAAUAUUGAGUAAAUAGUUAUUCGGGUCUCUACAAGGCACUUUUGCUAAAAAAAAAUGUCUGGAUGAUAUCACUUUUAUAAGGAGGCAGAAGUAUGAAUUUCCAGAAUUCAGAUUUAAUGUUUUUGCUUAUCAUGACAAUUUCUUGCACUCUGUAGGGAAACUACAGCAAGAAAGUUACAUUUCCCCAAUGCUAUUGACAAUCUAGUGGUUUACCUUAAUUUUUUUUUCUGUCAAUUUUAUUUUUUAUUGUUGGUGUAUCAUCAUUUUGCACCGUGUAGGUAAAGGAGCAGUUCCACCAUGCUGGCUUCAUGGCAGAUGUCGAUCUGGAUCCAGGCUGCACUCUCAAUAAGAAGAUCAGGAACGCACAGUUGGCUCAGUACAAUUUCAUUCUCGGUAAGAGGCUAUAUGUCCUUCUCAUUUCAGAUGAAUUGCUGACAUCAUCUUCUUAAAAAGCUAAAUAUUAUUUCAACAAACGAGCAGUUCCUUCAUUGUGCUGAAUGUUUCUUGUCCUUGUAAUGGCUAAAGAUUUUUAUUUUUAAUAACUCUGUUAUACGCAGUAGGCUUAUAAAAGAAAAUUCUUAUUUUUAUUGCAGAGCAAAUCCAUACCAUAGUAUACAAUACAUUAGAUUAUAGAUUAUUUAAUGGCUGUGUGGGCACGUGGCUGUGCAGGUCUUGGAUGACAUUUAGUUAACAUGUAGAUGCCCGUUCAUAACUUUGAGCCAGACUUUUUGCCGCAUGAUCUACAGCAGGGGUACGCAAAAGGUAGAUCCCAAGAUGUUGUAGAACUUCAACUCCCAUGAUGCUCUGCAUGCCUUUAGAAUGACAAAGCAUCAUGGAAGCUGUAGUUUUAAAAACAUCUGGGGAUCUACCUUUUGGGCAACCCUGAUCUACAGACUGCACCCUUUAGUCUAAUUACACCCAUGUCACAUAAUCAUCUAUUUUCUACUCUUCGUACUCAAAAACUGCCCAUAAAACCCACACAACAACCAGCAUUUGUGUGCAUCUCUUUAUUAUUAUUGGCGUUUAUAUGGCACCAACCUAUUCUACAGCACUUCACAAUAUUAGAAAGGAGAGGUGAAGAAGUCCUUGCUCAAAAACGAGCGUAAAUAAUCUGAGGAUUUGAGGUAGGCAGAUGUAUACCAUUGGUUGUCUUGUCCAGUUCACGUACACCUGCCGAUGAGUUGAUUUGACCGGGAUUCAACCUGCCGAUAUAACCCCAGAUGAGACCCUCACAGAACUUGCUUUCAAAUUCGCAUUAAAAUUAACUAGCAUUUACAAAACAAUAUACAACUAUGCAUAAAGUACUUUACAUGAUGGAGUUAGAGUAAAAUGCUGUAUUCUGCAGGUUUAUUUUAAAAAAAAUAUAUAUAUCUUCCAGUGAUCAUUGCUCUUAAACAAUACAUAUGUUAUCGGUCACCUGAAAUGAAUGGUAUUUUCUGUGUGUUUUGCUAAACUUGUUUUUUUCUUUUGUCCUAACUUUUUUUUUUUUUAUCCUCUUUGGAAUUUCUUUGUGGAUACCGCAACUUUUUUUUAUUGAAUGAAAUUGUUGUUUUAUUUUCAUUUGAGUCCCAUUUUGUAGGGGGUGGGGGGUGUGAUUGGUACUAGCUUCGUAGUGGAAACAUUUUCUGGUUUAGAAUUUUUUUUUUUUUUUGUCUUGUCCGUUAUUUUGUGUUUCUAUACGUAGUAUACAUUUUUGCCGUUUCUUUUUGAGGAAUUAUUUCUCACUUGUUUUGAAUAGUCCCAUCUGACAGCUAUAUGUGGUUUGCUAACCAGCGUGUGGUAGAAACACUUAUUUUAGUCUUACAGAGAUCAGUGGCUUCCAAUCUAUUUCCAUACGUUGCAAUAUGUCUGUGUGUGCGAACAUCAACUUCCAACUUAGAUAUUUUUUUUUACCUCCCUUGUGAAUACUGCUGUGCUACGAUAUAACACAUUUUCCCCGUUUUACAGACCUUAAUUACUCAAGUUCAGUUUUUAUAAAACUGCAAUUUUAAAAAGUUCCAGCUUUAUAAACAAAAUAAGUAAAAGCUCUCCAAACUUGUUUUCAGUUUUACUGUUUCCUGGAAAAACAUUUUAAUACAUUUUCCAAUCAAUUUAAUACUGCUAAAAAAGUUUCCACGUGAUCUACAGAAGCCGCCAUUAACCCCUGACUUGUCAUGAUUCCCUUUUAUUCCAGAAUUUUGGUCCUUAAGGGGUUAAAGUCUAUGGGAAUUUUGGUUAAUUAAUCAUUUGGAUUUUUUUCUAACAGUACUAAAUCAUUUAGAAAGCUUAUUAAAUCGAUGCCUUGGUUUAACAGAGGUAGUUGCCCUCAUUUUACAGACUGCAUUUACUGCUCAGUAACUACGCAUUUCAUUCUAGCUCUUUUCUGAUUGGAUGAAUCUACCAAGUAGUUUAGUUUAUGAAAACAUAGAUGUGAUGUUUAGUGGGUCCAUUAGAUUUAUUCUCCAGCCUCUCUCUCUAUAUCUUUAAAGUAAUGAGAACUAACUUUUUAGUCAAUGUGAUUUGAUACAAACAUCAGUUAUUUGUUAAAGGGACACUUUAGUCACCAGAGCAACUACAGCUUAUUGUAUUUCUUCUGGUGAGUAGAAUCAUUCAGUCAGGCUUUUUUCUGUAAACACCGUCUUUUCAGAGAAAAUGCAGUGUUUACAUUACAGCCUAGUGAUAACUCCAUUGGCCACUCCUCGGGUGGCUACUAAAGGUGCUCCCUGGGGCAGUGCUGCAGAAUAAGCAGCACUGCCAUUUCGUCUCCACCCUCUGCAUGCAGACACUGAACUUUCCUCAUAGAGAUGCAUUGAUUCAAUGUAUCUCUAUGAGGAGAAGCUGAUUGGCCAGGGCUUUGUUUGAUUGUGCUCACUCUGCCCCUGAUCUGCCUCCUUGACAGUCUCAGCCAAUCCUAUGGGGAAACAUUGUGAUUGGCUCAGACCACCACUUCUGAUGAUGUCAGCUGUUUCAUGGGCAGACAGGGGCAGAGCCAGCAGCUUCAGACUUGAAUACAAGUAAGAUUUUAGUAUAUUUGGGGGGUAGGUGGGCUAGAGGGUGGUUUUAAUACUAUAUGGUCAGGAAUACAUGUUUGUGUUCCUGACCCUAUAGUGUUCCUUUAAGGUUUUACUAAACAUUCUGUGUGUGGACUAAAAUGUUCCCAAAAAUGAGAUAAUAGUUGCGAGUUGUUCUGUUUGGGCACAUUUGUUAUGGAUUAUACUGUCUUCUGAUUUAUCAUAGCUCUAUUGAUUUUAGGAGGGAGAUUGUAACUUUAUUAAUUUAUACAUACAUACUAGUUAUGGAGGUACGGCAGUACCAGGACAGAGCAUGGAUUGGACAGCGAUAGCUGUUUCUUCUCCCUGUUCCAAAAAUAAAUAUUAAUAGAUUGUAGUAUAAUUUUAUCCCUAUUGAAACCAACCAUAUGUAAUUCAAUAGUGAAAGUACUGUCAUGACUUUUGAGUCUUCUUUUUAGAUGCUAGACAAAAAUAUGAUAAUAGGAUUGCUCUGUUUUCUUUUCUUUUUUUUUUUUAGUUUAAACUCUGUAGUUUAACAGCAACACAAACGGGUAUAAUAUUUGACAUGGUACCGGUUUAGCGAUCCUAGUUAGAGAUGUAUAAAUAGAACUCAAUGAAAACCUGCUUAAUAAAAGUUUGAAGGAUAGGAGCUUGAGGGAGAGAGAGUAGAUUUAGAGAGAGAUUUGCCCAUACCUGUCUGGAAGAAAAGCUAAUAUCCAUAAUUAAGUUCUAAAUUCUGUCUACUGUGGCUCUUCUGCUGGAUGGUGUCCUUUUGUCCUGUUCAUAGAUUGUGUUUGGAUUCUUAAAGGUCGAAUGAAAAUGUUCUGUCCUUGAUGCUGUGUAUGUCAGACAUAUAUGCAUGUAUAAUACCAAUCUGUUUCAAUUUUUUAAAUUUCUUUACUUAUAUAUUUUUUUAGUGAUUGGAGAAAAAGAGAAAAAGAGUGGAACAGUAAAUAUCCGUACAAGAGAUAACAAAGUACACGGCGAACGUACAGUUGAAGAAACCAUUGCGAGACUUCUUCAACUCAAACAGUCACGAAGCAAACAUGCAGAGGAGGAAUUCUAGUUACUCUUUUUUUAAGCCUUUUCCAGCUGAAGAAAGAAAGAAAAUGUUUAAAAAAUAAAAUAAAGUUUUUCAUCUUAAAUUUGAAAUACCACUAACUGAGCCAAAAAAACAAACUAUGUAUUUUGUCCAGUGCUUGUUAAAAAAUAAAUACUGUUCUCAGGGGCAAAGGAAAAUAUUUUUUUCUGAAUGGAUCGUUAUCGUGCACAUUGUCUGCUCUUUUUCCAAAUGUUACAAAACAGUCUAUUGAUUUAUAUUUUUAUAUUGCAUAUCCUUUCUUUCUUUUGUCUUCUAAUUCUGACUUGUUGUGUAUUUUUUUUUUAGUUAUUUUCAGUGUCCAUCCAGCUGAUUUAUAACAACCAACACUUCUAAUCACAAUGUACUGUGGAUUAAUCAAAACACCUAGCAGCACGAACAAGGUUCUUCUCCUCUUACAUAGAUUAGAACAAACUUUCAUUCAGUAAAAUGUCAAGGCUUUAAACAUAUUGCUAACAUUACUAAUAAAGACAUGUAUGUGGCUUUACCCUGUUCUAAUUUUAUUUUUGUUGUAAUAAGGUGUUUUGGCCUCUGAAGGUUUUUUGCCUACUUUUUCCUGUAUAGCAACAUCUCAC